AAGGGCAGACCACAAAAUAUCCUUUAAGCCUCUCCCAGAAAUUCCUCCAACCCACGACGGCGUCGAGCACGGGGACCCUCCACCGCCUCCGCCUCCGCCUCGCCGCGUGCGGCCUCGGCGCCGCCCCGACGUCGUCCCCUCCGCCAUCCCCCUCCGCCCCCGGCGCGGCGCCGCCCGGCCUCCGCCGCCGCCGCCGCGGCGGAAUCCUCCUCUGGAAGCUCCACCCCUCCCGCGCGCCGUCCCGCCCGAUGGACGCGCCGCCGCCGCAGGCCCAGCCGCCGCGCGCCCCGUCCCCUCCGCCCCCGCCCCAGCCGCCCGCGCCGUCGAGGAGGUACGGCGUGCACUUCUCGGCCUCCAGCUUCAUCCAGGCGCCGCUCACCGCGCUGCUCGAGUACUCCGGCAUCCUCCGCCCCGAUCCCGGCGGCGGGGCGCACCAGGCGGGGGCAGGGGCUGGGCCAGGCGAGGUGUCGAUCCGGAUUGUGGCGCCCGGCGAGGCGGGGACGUCGUCUGAGAGGGCCGAGGAGGUGAUCGUCGAGGAGGAGGAAGAGGAGGGACACGCAACGAGGGCGCGUCCCGAGGAACCGGUACCCGCGGCUGGCGUCGGGGAGGGCGGCAGGGAAUCCUCGUCGUCGUACCAGAGGUACGACAUACAACAGGUGGCGAGGUGGGUGGAGCAGAUACUGCCCUUCUCCCUGCUGCUGCUCGUCGUCUUCAUCAGACAACAUUUGCAAGGUUUCUUUGUGACAAUUUGGAUUGCUGCGGUGAUGUUCAAAUCCAAUGAUAUCCUGCGUAAGCAGACUGCUCUUAAGAGGGAGAGAAAACUUCCAGUCCUUGUUGGGAUUACAGUAUUAUUUGUUGUUCAUGUAUCUGGGUUUUAUUGGUGCUACAAGAAUGGGGACCUUAUAAGACCUCUCGUGAUGCUUCCUCCGAAAGAAAUACCGCCUUUUUGGCAUGCAAUAUUUAUCAUCUUGGUGAAUGAUACAAUGGUGCGCCAAACUGCUAUGAUUGUCAAAUGUUUGCUGCUGAUGUACUACAAGAACAGCAGAGGCCGAAGCUAUCGUAGGCAGGGUCAAAUGUUGACAAUUGUGGAAUAUUUUCUACUUUUGUAUCGUGCAUUAUUGCCUACGCCGGUGUGGUACCGUUUUUUCUUGAACAAGGAGUAUGGAAGCCUAUUUUCAUCUCUAACCACUGGCUUGUAUCUCACUUUCAAGUUGACAUCUGUUGUGGAAAAGGUUCAAUCAUUUUUGACAGCAUUGAGAGCAUUAUCUCAUAAAGACUUCCACUAUGGUUCAUAUGCAACGAGUGAGCAGGUAUUUGCUGCUGGAGAUAUGUGCACGAUAUGCCAAGAGAAGAUGCAUGUCCCCAUUCUUUUGCGCUGCAAACAUAUCUUUUGUGAAGACUGUGUAUCUGAAUGGUUUGAGAGGGAGCGGACGUGCCCGCUGUGCAGGGCACUGGUGAAGCCAGCAGACCUCCGGUCGUUCGGUGACGGUUCAACAAGCCUCUUCUUCCAGCUAUUCUAAGACGGGCCAAAAGAGUUGCAAAGUUUCAGUGCUCUACUCCAUGCAGACGAUAGGGGUGUGUGCGUGUGUUGCUGCUCGCAGUCGCUGCGCCUGCGAGCAGAGCGGCCCUGAUGCGGUGCUGAAAGAGUGUCCUAGUCCCUUCCAGCAGGAGCUGAAGGCGUACAUGAGUGUGUAUUUUGGACUGUGCUCUUGCGGGAUGCUUGAGCACCUGAGGGUCACCUGACCAUAUACGUACAAAUUACUACUAUAAAUAGAAAUGGUGAGUAUAUAUAUAGUACAAUUUCAUGCUGUGCUCCUUAACCUGGGAAACAAAAUUAU